ACAGGCGAUGGGGAUUGGCUGCUGCGACGCACGUCGCCCCGCCCACCGAGCCGCGUCACCACGCACCGUUAUUUACCUUCUUCUCCAGCCUCGGAGAGAAGCGGAGGUCAGACGAGGAGUCGCGCUAAAGAAUGGCCCAGCGGUGGCUGCUGCAUCUAACAGGGGCACUGAUUACUUAACGUUUAGAUGUAUAUAUUUUAAACGGGGUUCGCGCGCCGCCGCCUGCCUUGCCGAAGCGCCUCGCGCCGCCUCUCGUCGCCGCUCAGGGAGUCCGUCUCCAGCACGUAAACAAACAUGACCGCUACCGUUUCCAGGCAGAGACACGCUGCGGUCGCCGCAGACUCCCCUGGCUCGUCGUUUUCCCUCACCGCGAGCCUCGUGCGACUCGCCAAACACAUCAAAUAUGAAAAUCUUGCCGCUGGACUUAGUGGGGGGGUUAUUUCCACGAUGGUGUUACACCCCCUGGAUCUGAUCAAAAUCAGGUUCGCAGUGAGUGAUGGUCUGAAAAUGCGACCCCAGUACGACGGCAUGGUGCACUGCAUGAAGACUAUCUGGAAGCUGGAAGGGAUUAGAGGUCUCUAUCAGGGUGUGACCCCCAACAUCUGGGGGGCCGGGGCAUCGUGGGGCCUGUACUUCCUCUUUUAUAAUGCUAUUAAAGCGUACACGCAGGAGGGACGGCAAACAGAGCUGAGCGCCGCCGAACACCUGGUGUCUGCAGCCGAGGCAGGCAUGCUGACGCUUUGCCUCACCAACCCAGUCUGGGUGACAAAGACCCGGCUGGUGCUGCAGUACAAUGCAGACCCUUCACGGAAGCAGUACAAGGGAAUGAUGGACGCCCUCGUGAAAAUAUACCGUCACGAGGGUAUCCCGGGACUCUACAGGGGUUUCGUGCCCGGGCUGGUGGGGACUUCCCAUGCUGCUUUGCAGUUCAUGACCUACGAGGGGCUGAAAAGAGAGCAGAACAAAUACAAGAAGAUGCCGUCUGAAUCGCUGCUGUCUCCGUUGGAAUACAUCGCCAUGGCAGCCAUUUCCAAAAUCUUUGCGGUAGCAGUGACCUACCCGUACCAGGUGGUGCGCGCUCGCCUGCAGGACCAGCACAACAACUACAGCGGCAUCGUGGACGUCAUCCGGAGGACCUGGAGCAACGAGGGGGUCGAGGGCUUUUACAAAGGCAUGGUCCCAAACCUGGUGCGAGUCAUUCCAGCGUGCUGCAUCACCUUUCUGGUGUUCGAAAAUGUGUCGCGCUUACUUUUGGGCGAGUAUCACUAAAGCUUCACACCAAACCCCACAAACGACUACGGACCAACUCAGCGCAAUAUUACCAGGACUGUGUGUGUGUGUGUGUGUGUGUGUGUGUGAGUGUGUGUGUGUGUGAGUGUGUGUGUGUGUGAGUGUGUGAGAGUGUGUGAGAGUGUGUGUGUGAGUGAGUGUGUGAGAGUGUGUGUGUGUGAGAGACGAGCAGGAAUACCAAACAUUUCCUGUUUAACUCUGGACAGGACACAAAUGCAGACGAAACUAGCAUUUAGCGUGUGCACUGAAUCAACAGAAGAAACUACUAUAUAUAUAUAUAUAGCUGUUUGAAUGGAUUUCAAGUUGUCCGGUGGGCGGAAAAGUGGAUUCAAGCCAUCCUCGUGACGAUGCAACCGAACUCAGUAUUCACCAAACACAGAUGUUUGUCUUUUUUUACGAUACUUUCACCAAACAGCUGCUAUAUUUGCUGAGCUCUGCGAGCGAGCGAGCGAAGCCACUCAGCAGAUCUCGGCCGGCUGGGCAUGCUCAGGAAAUGAUGUCACGCUGCAGGAUAAUGGCGCACAGGCCCGGAGAAAGUGAUACUUCAGCGGGGCACGGGAGCAGAUUUUAAGCAGAUGUGUGCAGAGGACGUCUCCUGGAAGAGAGAGUUAACUGAGAUGCUGUUGUGUUUGUAAAUAUAUCAGUGUGCUGUUGUCAGUGACGCACAAAGAACAGCUGUACGUAGAAGCCAUUUUUACACAUCUAAUAAAGAAAUACAUGUAACCGA